UUGCAUCUCAGUCACAAAGUUGUCGAAAAAUGUCCUUUAUGUCAGUAGUUUUUUUUUUAAGAUUUUUUUUUAGUCGUGGCACUCACGAGUGUUUAUUGCUGUUAACUGUGACUUACAUUUCAGUUUUCUGAAAUGUAAUGUGGAACAAUACACGCAGAGCUGAAACGGUUCAUCAAAUUAAUUGUGAUUCAUCGGUUUCAUUGUGAUUAACCGGUUUAUUGAAAUCAUCGUCAACCCAUGCAGUAAUCGGUUAUUCGUAAAAUAAAAAUAAAAAAGAGCCAGUUUCCUGAAGCAAGCUCAACAUAUUCAGAGCAAUAAUUAAUUACACUUACUUUUUACAAACUCUUUUCAUAAUCGCUUUAAAAAAAAAUUGUCCGUGUAACUGAAUUGUGGGUUUUGGUUUGCAGUAAACCAUAGCACUUAAUUAAAAAGUAAAAUAAAUAAAAAAUAAGUUUAAAAAAAAACAGCGCCUUAUCUGCGCGCAUGCGCACUGGAGUUCACGGCACACGCACGAACCGCCCUAAGAAAAAAAAAAAGAAAAAAAAAAAAAGUCCAGGAAGUGAAACAAAACAUUCCUAGCGUGCUCCUGUUAGUGAAGGAGUCCCAACAGGAUGCCGAGGACGCGGUGAACGCGGGCUGCAGCUCUCCUCGUGCUUCCGUCGGAGUGAAACGUGGAGCCAUGUGAGAGCGGCGAGGAGGAGACCAUGGAGUCGCUAGUUGCUGCCGACUCCCUCCUUGACAUGGACUGCGUUGACACACUCUCGCUGGAACAGCACUACUCCCAGGCUUUCCUCCCGUCACUGAGCGAUGUCAUCACCGCUCCCGUUACCCAGGUAACCGUGUCUGCCGAGGGCGUUGUGGGAGCCGUUGACCAGUCGCAGUGGCACUCGUUGCACAAAGAGAGGCCUGCGGCGCAGCUGCAGUCUAGAAAGAGGAGUAAGAAACCUCGACAUCGGAGGGCAGAGUCUCCUACACCGGAUAUCAAAGUAAAGAAGGAUAAAUAUAACAAAGGAGGGAACACCCUCUACCUGUGGCAGUUUCUGAUGGAGCUGCUGCAGGACAGACAAGUCUGUCCUCGCUACAUCAAAUGGACUGAUCCGCAGGCGGGCAUCUUCAAGCUGGUCAACUCCAAAGCCGUGGCCAGGCUGUGGGGCAAACACAAGAACAAACCAGACAUGAACUAUGAGACCAUGGGAAGAGCGCUCAGGUACUACUACCAGCGGGGCAUCCUGAACAAGGUGGAGGGCCAGCGCCUUGUUUAUCAGUUCACCUCUCUUCCCGUGAACAUGGUGUACAUCACAGACAGAGAUUGCGGCAAAGAGGAAGAGGACGACGACCACGACAAAAGUGGAAACGACGAGGGGCUGAGUGACGGCACCAUCUCCAGCGACCAGUCUGUGGAGGACGAAGAAGCGGACGAGCCGGAGGAAGAAGAGGACGAGGAGGUAUUCCCGCCGCCGCUGAAGAAAACCUCGUUGGUCUCCCCACGACCCGCGGCGGCGCAGCGGCCCAGAUCGAACGCCAAGCAGCCUGCUCAGCGAGACACCGUCCUGCGGCCCACCAGAGCCAGCCUGAUCCAGGAGCAGCACCUGCCCAUCGUGUCCGCCGAGAUGCUGAGGACGCUGCAGAACCUGCAGAAGGUCCGAUCACUGCAGCCGGCCGGGCAAGCGUCUGUCUUCAAGACGGCCCAGCUGCUGGGGAGCCUGUGUGAGAGGCAGGCUGCAUCCGAGACGGCAACGGACGCCGGCAAAGGGGGGCCGCAGAAGACGCACACAGAACGCCGGAACGGCCCGUAUUUGGUGCCUCCCACGACCUUCGACCAAUAAACACAUCCAGCCUUCGCUUCAUACCAAACACGUUCACUCCACUGACUCAGGAACUCUUCCACAGCUGUACUUUGCUGCAUCGACGUCUGAAUGCCAGGUAAAGCGUCGAUCAUUUAAGCGUGGCACCAGUUGGACGUCUCACGGCGUCUUUGUUCGGACGACAAUCACGGCAAACCAAAACCAACUCAAUCGCCGCUUAGACGACGUCACACUCUGUUGUAUGUUCUAUCAACAAGCUACUCAAGAAACCAAAGACAGACAUGCACUGGAACCCACAGCCUCUCUGCAGCUUCUGCAGAUCCUUUUUGCUUGCACUUCCACUUCAGGCUUUCCUGGAGUCAUUUAUCAUGCCAUCACUUCUUUGUCAACAUUUUUAUUUUUUAAUUUAAUGUACAAUCACAAGCUGAAUCAUUCCUUUGCCUUCAAAGCGUCUUGUUUGCACUAUGAUCUUCACUCUGCUGUACUUUUCUUCUCUAAGUGCCUCGAUCCUGGCCCUGCUUUCUCUCGGUCUUUUGCUGAUAAUCAUGAGAAUUGUGAGGGAAAAACAUUCCAUAUUGUUGUUAUUAUUAUUAUUAAGAGUACUGUUGUUUUUUUUUUUUAUAUGUUUGUAUUGUGAUAUGUUAAAACAAGGGAUGGCUUUUUGCUGCUGUUAAAUGUUUGGCCUUUCUUUUCUUGACAAUCACAAGUGAAGUGCUUCUUAUAAAUUCCCGUUGUAACUGUAAGGUCUUUCUGUUUGGACACUGUGCAUAUAUAAGCCUGGGAUGUUAUAUACUGUAAGUUUGAAUGUGCUCCUGCUCUGUUGCCAUACCCCCUCCCCGGCACUCCCAACGCCCCCUCAGGUUCAUUUAUUUUUCUACUCUACAGAGACCGUGUACUCCAUGUAAGGAGCGUAAUGGCCGACUGUUAAUAAUGAAGUAAUUAGUCAAGCGUUUCCUCCUGCCCUGGCCUUAAUGGAGCCUCGCGUAGCCAGAUCGCGACGCUCACCUCACUCCGCAGGAGCGAGGCUGCCGUUUCGUCAGGCUAAACUUAGUUAGGAGAUGCUUACGCAGUGACUGUGCCUUUGCCUGUAGGGAGCCGCUAUGCAAAACUGCUUCUCACUUUAUUAAGCCAUUUGUCUCAGAUUCCCCCUCACCUGCGCUUCCCGGGUGUCUCCUGGUGCCGUUUAUUCAGCGUAAGGUGCCCUUUAGUCGGAGGAUGAGGGAGGAUUUCUGUUGCCUUAUUAUUUCUUUUACGCGUUUUCCUUUUUGUCCAGAGAUGGUAAAUGGAAUAAAGGAAUAUAUGUGUGAAAUUUGU